UGACGUUUAAGCGAGAAUUGCUUUGUAAAUUAUUUUAUUUACUUAAAAAUAAUUCUUGGAUACAAAUUAUAGAAUAUUUACGGCAAUGGCUCUCGAAACUCCAGAUCCAAAUAAAACUAAAAAACCGUCUGAUAGUGCAUUUAAGCAGCAAAGACUACCAGCAUGGCAACCAAUUUUAACUGCAGGUACAGUCCUUCCUUCAUUCUUUAUCAUCGGAAUUGCCUUUAUACCAGUUGGUAUAGUAUUGCUGUAUUUAUCAAAUGAAGUUAAAGAAAUUGUACUUGAUUACACCCAUUGUAAUAAAACAAUAACUAAUAGUGAAGGCAACUGGACAGAAUUAUCUGAGAAAUGUGUUGACUUUAUUAAAACAAAUAGAGAUGAUCCAUGUGAAUGUACAAUUUCAUUUAAACUGAAAGAAAAUUAUGAUGGUAAAGUAUAUAUGUACUAUGGUUUAAGCAAUUACUAUCAGAACCACAGAAGAUAUGUGAAAUCUAGAGAUGACAAUCAGUUACUAGGAAAAUUGAGCCCAAAACCCUCAACUGAUUGUAUGCCAUUUGACUAUGUAGUUGAUAAUAAAACAAAUCCAUCUAAAAAACCUAUUGCUCCAUGUGGAGCAAUUGCUAAUUCAAUGUUCAAUGAUUCUAUAACAUUGAGCAUGAUAGAUGAUAAUGGAAAAAUUGUACCAAUUCCUCUUCUCAGAACAGGCAUUGCUUGGGAGUCUGAUAAAAACAUAAAAUUUAAAAACCCACCUGGUUCAACUUUAGAAGAAGCAUUUAAAGGAUAUGCCAAGCCGAUUGAUUGGAAAGUAGAUAUUUGGAACUUAGAUCCGGACAACAAAGAAAAUAAUGGUUUCCAAAACGAAGAUUUUAUAGUAUGGAUGCGAACUGCAGCUUUGCCUACUUUCAGAAAGUUAUAUAGAAGAGUUGACCACAGUCAACCUGAAUUUUCCUCAGGUUUGAAUAAUGGAACAUACAUUUUGAAGAUUCAGUACAAUUAUGACGUAAGCACAUUCAGUGGUUCCAAACGAGUGAUCCUUAGUACAACUUCUGUAAUGGGUGGAAAAAAUCCUUUCUUGGGGAUAGCAUAUAUUGUAGUUGGAUGUGCAUGUCUCUUAUUAGGCAUUGCUCUUCUAUUUAUACACAUAAAAUGUGGCAAAAGUACCAGUGAAAUGAUAAACGUCAACCCCCGAACACCGUACCAAUAAAGGAGAAUGGGACCUGCCAAACAAUACCACCGGUUAAUGUUUAAAGUAUGUGUGCUUAGUUACCUCAGAAACAUACAAAAGUGUUUUUUUCUUAAUCAAAUCUCCUGGCACUAUGUGAUAGACAGUGGCUAAUGUAGGUAUCUCAAGUAUGAGCAAAGAAGUUAGUGGUUUUAAGUUAAGUACACUGCAGAGUUAGUUUUUUAUUAAUUUUUAUUCGACUUAAACUGUUAUCUCUAAAAGAUGUUAUAUUAUGUGGAAAGUAUUUGGAAUAGUUAUUAUAGCCAUGAAAUUUAUCUUCAAAAGUUAAUAAAUUACUGAUUAAUAAUAAAUACGUGAAAUCAUAAUUGUAUUGAUAUAUGCUCAGGUCUUUAAGUGUAUUUAUUUUGAUUUUUUAUUUAAAUAUAUCGUGCGUUUACAAUAAGAGACAUUUGAACAAUACGAGAUGGAAUGGAAUGGAUAUUCGUACAUCAUAUUUAUAUGCCAAACCAUUUUUUAACUAGUACAGAGUUGUAACCCUAAGAAAUAGAUAUAAAACAGAUAUAUCUUGUAAUACUACAAACUUAUUCUACUACUCACUGUUUGAGAAGUUGACUGCUGCGCUGUUUAGUGAGUUUAAUUUGCGCUAGUGAAAUGACAAGUGAAAUGCCGAGUUUUGGAUUUGCAAACUACCAUAUCGCUGUUCUAAAUAUCCAGCGCUCUAGAGGACUUUUUUACUCAAACUGAUGUUAAAUUGGCGGUGUUUUUACCCUAAUUCAAUGAAAUGAGAGAGAACUGACACAAUUUACAUCUACUCUUCUUCGAUUUUAAUAAAAAGUACAACACUGGCCAAAAUCAGUGUUAAUAGUUUUCCUAGUAAGUUAAAAUCACGCCAAAAAUACCUUUUUUCGUCAUUAGGCAUCAAUUAGGAGCAGACUAAGGCCUAGGCAACCAAGGCACACGCCACACGCCUAGGACCGGUAAUUUUUGAGCCCCGAAAACUAGAUUUUUAGUUUUUAUAAUUAAUUAUGCCGAAUCGUUGUUUGAUAAAUUCUACAAAUGUGAACGCGCAUUCCCGGGCUUAUGCAUCCAAACCCGCAAGUGUCGAUGUGUGCAAAUACGACAGUAUUAUCGCCUAUCGAAUUUAAAAAGUCAAACGUAGCUAUUUAAAUCAGUCUGCGGAACGUUACGUAUUGUAUCUUAUG